AGUACUGAGAUGAGCUUUAGCCAGCUAUAGCAGAGAGGAUCACAGUGGCAUUAAAAUGUUUUACAGCACUCUGUUUUUCUUUGUACGGACCGCAAGACACGUCAUCUAACAUGCACCCACGCUGAGGAUCCGGUCUGAAUGAUUUAGCAAGUAUUUCUUUGCUGGAAAGAGGAAUCACUUGAAUGAAUUAGAUCUAAUGAAUCAGUGGAUGUUGACUGGGACAAUGAAAGUAAAUGUACUGCCUUUGUUUAGAAUCCAGUAAUCGCCAAGAAAUUAUAUUUUAAUAUGUAAACACAAUAGCAAAUGUAGUAAUUAUUUAUGUUUUGUUAUUAGUGGGAUAAGUUAGUUGUUGCAUUCAGUUGAUUUGAAUUGUAAAGGACAGCUACUUCACUCAAAGAUGGAUGAAGUGAUCAUGGAUCAGAUCAUGUAUGUUGCUCAUCAAACGGUGUCUUGGAUCGCAUCUGUUGCCAUCAUAUUUGGAGGAGUUGUGCCAUACAUCCCUCAGUACAGGGACAUCCGCAGGACUCAGAAUGCUGAGGGAUUCUCCACUUAUGUGUGCCUGGUGCUGCUGGUAGCCAACAUAUUAAGAAUACUGUUCAGGUUUGGACGUUACUUUGAGACUCCGCUGCUUUGGCAGAGUAUAAUCAUGAUCAUCACGAUGUUAAUCAUGCUGAACUUGUGCACCAACGUCCGCAUGGCCACUGAACUCAACACCAAACGCCGCUCCUUCACAGCAACAGACAGUAAGGAUGAAGAAAUCAAAGUUCCUAAGAGGCUCUUUCUGGACUUUGACUGGAACCAUUUCUGGUCUUGGAGUCAUUUUGUGGAUUACCUGCAGUGUGUGCUGGCGUUCACGGUACUGGCUGCCUAUGUGACGUAUCUGCUGCUGGACUCGGUUCUGUUCGUAGAGAGCCUUGGUUUCCUGGCCGUAUUCACAGAGGCCAUGCUGGGAACUCCACAGCUCUACUGCAACUACCAGAACAAAUCUACUGAAGGCAUGAGUAUUAAGAUGGUGUUGAUGUGGACCAGUGGAGACACUUUCAAGACAGGCUACUUCUUGUUGACUCAGGCUCCUGUGCAGUUCUGGAUCUGCGGCCUCCUUCAGGUGUGCGUGGACUUCGCCAUUCUCUUCCAAGUGUACUACUACGGCCGCUACCCACAGAAACCCAUCUCGCACACCACACACACCACCAGCGCCAAGGCCCUAUGAAACUCCCUCGCUUCACAGAAUGUGCUCAAAUCUAUAUUACAAUGCAUACAUCUGCACACACACACAAGAUCUUUAUACAGUGUCGCCAAAACAUAUUUGAAUACUUAAGCCACACUUAAAAAUGUCUGAAUGUCAUUAUUAUUAGAUAUGCAACAUUAAACUAUGAUGCUAGAUCUUUUCUCACAAUUAAAAUCACUUUUUGUGUUUCUGUUAUUUUAAAAUGAAUGCCACGUUUUUUAUGUUGUAUGUAAUGAAAUGACAUUCAUACAUUAGGUGUUGCUUAAAGGAACUGUUUCUGAUUUUUUGGUGCACACUGUAUAAUUAUAUAUAUUUUGAACCAACCUUUAAAUGCAAUAUCAUAAAGAUACGCAGUUCUAUUUACACAUUUACAUACAUGUACAAGCCAGCCCAAGGUAAUCAUCAUGCUUAUGAAAACUUUUGCCUUACAGACUUUCAGAAUGACCUGAAAUGUAUCUGACAUCAGAUGGAUGAAUGUACAAAGAUUUUGUUAGAGGAGUUUAAUAUGGUUAACGUUGUUUUAUUUGGAGAAGACUGGUUUUACCUCAGUAGCCCGCUGUGGUGUUUCACACAGUGAAGGACCAAUGAAGAACACAGGAAGAGCCCUGUGUGUUUUUGAACCAAAAAAGAAAAAAAAAAUCACCCUCUCUUCUUUUGGUAGUAGGAGACAAUCCUGAUACAGUUCACAAAUCCGCAUGACUUCAUGGAAGUGUCUUCCCCGAAUGUUACUUUUGGAGAUAAAUAUACAGCAGUCGUAGUUUAUUUACAUGCAGUACUUUCAGUUAGCAUGACAAAAUAGGAAAUCACUGGAUUCAUAUACUGACUUUGGCCUCUUGAAGAAAGUUUUAUUAAAAGGACAGUAUUUGCAGCACAUCCAGUCAACUAUCAGCAAAAAAAUCACUUCCUUAACCAUAUAUAUGUAUAUGUAUAUGUAUAUGUAUAUAUAUAUAUAUAUAUAUAUAUAUAAUAAUAAUAAUAAUUAUUAUUAUUAUUAUUAUUAUUAUUAUUAACACAUCAUGUGUUGGCUUUAAAGAUUGAUGUACUUUACAAUAAGAAUAUUUUGUAAGAAAAUGAUUUUUUGCAGAUAAGGUCGGGUCCAGUAGUUAUAGUCAAGGAUGUUACAUGCCAGUAAACGUUUUCUACAAACAAACAAAUAAUUAAAUAAAUAUUCUUAAAAUGUAUUUGUUAUUUUCCAGAUUUUCCAGUCAAAAUACCUAAAGAUCCUUGAAACAGGAUAUGUUUACAUGCAGUAAGGACAUGACACAAUAUAUAUAUAUAUAUAUAUAUAUAUAUAUAUAUAUUUUAUAGAAUACAGUUGAG